CUCUCUCCUGAACAAGAAAAGGCUUCAUUUAUUUCAUCUUCCUUUGAUAAAAUUAGUUUUGUGACAUAGAUUUAUGACUUUGACUUGGAAUCAAGUUCAAGUUCAUCCAUUCACUAAAAAAAAAAAAAAAUUGAUUUCAAAACCUCCGUACAAAUAAUCUAAAUAUUUAAAUAUUAUAAAUAAAAAAAUUAACUAACAACUUGAUUUCCAGGGAGAAUUUUGUAGUUGGUGGCAUAUCUGAAGGCUUUUCUUCAAGUUAACGAUGGAAAAUGACUUCCCCAGACUAGCUAUUAGCAACUAACGUUGCUUCACAACCUCAAAAAGAAAAUCGACGAUUGCAAGUCAUAAUCAGAGCCAACCAUCCAGCCCAUUUCCUGGGAACUGUGUCCCACUUAAACAGCAAAACCACGCCGUUUUAGUUCUCCGAUCCAAGUCUCUCCCCCUCUCCCCCUGCUAAACCCUUAUUCAAGCUUUUUAUUCUAUCAAUGUCUAGGCUUUUAGCUUUGACGAGAAAUAAAGUGUGUGAAGUUUGGAAGUGAUGAACAUAAGCGAGAAAGCCGUUCGGAAUAGGCAUCCAAAGAAGGUCUCAUUUUUAAGGUUCUUUUUGUAGCACAAAAAAGUGGGUUUUUCUUAAAAUAUGGAAACAAAUUAUGUUCUUUUGAUGGGCCUCUUUCUGCUGUUAGUUGCCGUUGAUUGCUCUAGUUCUGAUCCAAAGGGAAAUGUGAAUGAAAAGACUGGUUUAGAUCAGAAUGUAGGUGACAUAGUGGAUCCAGUUAAUGGAAAAAAUGUUCUCAAAUCUGCUUCGGAUUCCAUUGAAGUUAAUAAAGUUAAUGUCAAAGCAAAUGAAAGAGAUCAAAUUGAUAAAUCAGGUAUUGAGAGUGGUACAAGUAAGAGCAAUUUGAACCAGCAAUCAGGGUCAAAUGAAGGUGAGAAUUUGCAAAAGGAUGGACAAGAGUCAAGUGCUGAAGCAAAGGCAACAACUGAUGGUGAGAAAGAAGGUGAUAAUGUGCAUGAGGGUCAGGGAGAAUCAAACGUUGAAGCCAAAGGAAAGAUGGAUGGUGAAAAUGAAGGUGAUAAUGUGCAUGAUAAGGGUCAGGAAGAAUCAAAUGUUGAAGCCAAAGGAAAGAUGGAUGGUGAAAAAGGAGGUGGUAAUGUGCAUAAGGAUCGGGAAGAAUCAAAGGUUGAAGCAAAAGGAAAGAUGGAUGGUGAGACAGAAGGUGAUAAUGUGCAUAAGGAUCAAGAAAAAUCAAAUGUUGAAGCCAAAGGACAGGCAGAUGGCGAGAAAAAGAAAAAUCUGGGUGAUAGUGUGGAUCCCAAGGAAGUGACUGUAAAGAAAGACAAUGCACAAGAAUCAGUCCCGCCACCGCCGCCAACAAGGACAGAUGGCUUUCGGGGUGAAGAAUGUGACCCAUCUAAUAUGUGUAUGGAUAAGAAUGAAAGGUUUGCUGCAUGUUUGCGAGUCCCUGGAAAUGAAUCUCCAGAUCUAUCACUUCUGAUUCAGAACAAGGGAAAGGAGCCUCUUACCAUUAAAAUAUCUGCUCCUGCUUUUGUUCAGUUAGAGGAAACAGAUGUUGAACUCCAAGAGAAACAAGACAAAAAGGUAAAGGUCUCCAUAAAAGAUUCUGGAACAGGGAACUUGAUUGUCUUAAAGGAUGGUAGAGGAGAGUGCAGUCUUGAUUUCAAGGAUUUGAUUGUGCAUAAUUCUGCCGAGUCCUAUGUAAACUUCUUGUCACAAACCCCUACAACUACGUUUAUAUUUGUCGCUGCUAUACUGAUACUAGCAUCAGGUUGGAUGUGCAUGAGCUUUAAGCGGAGGCAACUUGCAAGAAGUGGCUUGAAAUACCAGAGGCUAGACAUGGAGCUGCCUGUAUCUGCUGGGGCAAAAACAGAGCGAGAUGUCAAUGAUGGAUGGGAUAACAGCUGGGGUAAUAAUUGGGAUGACGAGGAGGCCCCUAUGACACCCUUAAUGCCUGUCACUCCUAGCCUCUCCUCCAAAGGGCUUGCGUCACGACGGCUGAGUAAGGAGGGGUGGAAAGACUAGUGCUAGUUUGAUCGACACAUGCAAUCAAAAAUGGGAAAAAGAAUACAUUAACAUAACUUUAUUUUUAGCUCGUUACUUUUCCCGAUUUUUAGAGGUCUUUUUGUUUCUGUUUGUCACUGAAAGGGAAAUAGAAAACCUAAGGGAAAUUGACAUGAUGGAGGCUUUCAUGUGGUUUUGUACAGAAGUCAGAAUGCGUUACUGGCAUUGUUCCUUGUAAGGUAAUGCCAAAGUUUUUUAGUAGGUUGAGCCGCACAA